GAGUUGCAUAGGCAGUACCCAAUUGGACCCUGAACCUGAGAGGUCCUGCUGACUGUCUGACCAAUAAGACGAGGGAAAGCAAAGAGAAGCUUCUUUUUGUUUCUUCCCUGCAUAAACAAGAGGAACCCAGAACCAGGGAAGGACAAUCACACAAACAAGGAUGCAGGACGGGAGUUGGAACCAACCACUCCCCAUAUCAGUGGUGCUUAAGGAUCCAGCAGCAGGUGGGACAUUGGAGUGCGAUGCAGGUGUGUUUUCUGAGGCCUCCUCUGAUGGAGAACUCUUUGACUCAUCGACAGAGCAGGAUUCUGGACAUGGGGACUUUGCAGAUUUAACUGCCUUCUUAAGCGCUGAUGAAAUUAAUCUUAGCCUGGACCUGGCCCGGGAGGCCUUCUCUGAGGCAGGUGAUUAUGAAGAUCAAGACAACUCUAGUCUUACACAGCUGGAGCAGGCUCUCCAAUCUGCCCCUUCCUUCAUAGUGCCCUCUCAAACUACUGAAAACCUCAAUACAAGCCCAAACCUGCAUCACCAGACCAAAGCUCUUCCUUUCCCAGAUGACCAUGGAGCAGUUUCUGUUUCCUCCAGCCAGGAUCCCACUGCCAGCAAACCUGUACAGGUCUCAGGUGAGGCGCCACCCUCGGCUGAAAAAGUUAUACGGCACAAGCCCAUGCAGCCCGUGUACAAACAGGAUAAACCUAAGCUGAUUCACGAAGGCCUCGAACUGAAUGAUCGAGCGGCUUCAGUUACAGAGUUCUGCAGUCGAGCUGCAACCUUCAUUGAGGAACUGUCAUCCAUUUUCAAAGGUUCUCCUCAGCAGGUGGAUGAGGAAUCCUCCUCUCCUGACAGUGGGUAUCUGUCUCACAGAGGCCAGCAGACUGUCCCCCAGGACUCAGUCUCUACGUCUCUCCCUCCAACCCAACAGGAGGACUUACAGAAUAACCCUGAAAAUGUGGCAGAAGGAGGUUCUGAGAGGCACCUUUAUUCUGGAGCUCCAACAACAUCUGAACCCCUGUCCCCGCCUCAGUUUCUCCAAAAGCUUAAGAGUCAGGAAGUUGCUGAAGGAAGUCCAAUUCGCCUGGAGUGUAGAGUCCAAGGAAACCCGCUGCCACUCGUCAGGUGGUUCUGCGAAGGCCGUGAGCUGCAGAACUCCCCUGACAUCCAAAUCUGGAGGGAAGGAGACCUGCACACUCUGGUGAUCGCUGAAGCCUUCGAGGACGACACGGGACGUUACACCUGCGUGGCUUCCAACAGUCUAGGAGCAGAUAAUACCUCAGCUGAGGUUUACAUUGAAGGGGCUUCAUCAUCGGACUCAGAAGGAGAAGGAACGGUAUCAAAGUCAAGAUCAGGAGUCAUGCCUCAAGCUCAGAAAAAAAUGACUUCCAUGUCCUUAACAAUACGCUCGUCAUCUCCCAAGAGCCCAGAGGUGGUUCCUCACCGCUCCGCUCUGGUCCAGUCCAUGUCUCAUCCCCCACAGCGGAUGCAGAGCCCUCUGUCACUACUGCAUGGUGCUGAGUCAUCAGGCCCACCGCUGUUCACAAAGCUCCUGCAGGACGUCCAGGCGUCAGAGGGCCAGGUGGUGGUUCUGGAGUGCAGGGUCCGUGGAGCCCCCCCCCUCCAGGUCAGAUGGUACCGCCAGGGGAAUGAGAUCCUGGAUUCUCCUGAUUUUCGGAUCCUCCAGAAAAAGCCUCGAUCUGCGGCUGAACCAGAGGAGAUCUGUACGUUGGUGAUUGCCGAAGCCUUUCCAGAGGAUGGGGGUCUGUUCUGUUGCACAGCGUCCAACACCUACGGCUCUGUCAGCAGCACGGCUCAGCUCACUGUGACUCCAGCUGAGGACUCAUCCAGUAAUGGCAUGUCUGGAGAUAGCUCAGGAUUUGAGGAUGUAGCCUCUUUUCCUCCUCCUCCUCCUCCGUCUCCACCACCCACAGAGAUCAGCCUCCUGGAGCUGCCACCUAAGACGCCUCCUCAGCCCGGUUCCUUCCACGUCAAGGAGCUGGAGAUCUGGCCCACUGUUUCCGCUCUCCCUGCGGUGCAAAUUAGCUCAGAGGUAGAAGAUAAGGACAAGGAGAGAGGGCAGGAACCUCUACAGAAUGGUCAACCUCCACAUCCACCAUCACCUCCAAGCUUCCCUAAAGAGACCCCACUCCCGCCCCCUCCUCCUCCUCUGCCUCAGCCAGAGCUGGCAGCAGACAUCCAGGUCACACCGCCAGGUCAGGCCCACACAGUGCCAGAUUCUCCUCCGACCCCAGGGAAAGAUGUUCCUCCACUGCCUACCAAGCCAAAGCCAAAGCUAGCUGACAAUAAUGAGGAGAAGACUGAAUACUCCAGGAACGCGGCCCAACUGAAGCAGCUGCAGGACCAGAUUCUGUUGGAGCAGCAGGAGGCAGCCAUCUGGCUACAGCAGCAGCAGCACCAGCAGCACAUCCAGGAAGCACCGCCUCCACCCUUGCAACUGCUUCAGGAAGCACCUCCACCUGCUCCCCCCUCGCCUCCUCUCCCUCCUCCUCCCUCCUUCCAGGAGUUGGAGAGCAGCACAGCCAUGCAGGCCAGUACCUUCAACUACGCUCGGCCCAAGCAGUUCAUUGCUGCUCAAAGCCCGGGUGGGGUGGGCUACAUGGCCAACUCCUCCGGUUCCUCUGGGUCCAGCCUGUCCUCCCCCUUGUCUCCACCCAUCUCUCACAAGCCUUUAAGCAGAGUCCCCCUGCCCCCUUUCUCCAAGGCUGGUAGCGUAGAGUCUCCAACCUCUCCUUCCUUCCCUCCUCCUCCUCCUCCCUUCCUCAGCCCCAGCAACCUGUCCUCUCCAUCCAGCUCCACCCAGGACUUCCCCCCUCCUCCACCUCCUCCCCCUGCGCUCAUCCCCAUGUCUCCAGCCAGCUCAGAUAUGUCGUCACCGUUCUCCUCAGUGCCUCCAUCUCCUGCCUCCAGCUUCCUGUCCUCGGUGUUGCCCUCCUCACCUUCCACACCUGGCAGCCCUACAGUCAACAGCCUGGGUCUCCCCAAAGGCAACGGCACUGUCAAAGUCUUUCCAAGGAAGUCCUCGGUCACCAAGACGCCUCGCAUCGUCUCUGACUCGGACAUCCAGGGCUCCAAGGAUGCCGUCAUUCAGGAUUUAGAGAGAAAGCUGCGCUUUAAAGACGAGCGCAUAAGCAACGGUCAACAGAGGUUAACCUAUGAAGAGAAGAUGGCUCGCAGGCUCCUGGGGGCCGACAACGCUGCCACAGUUUUAAACACACAGGACACAGAGGAGGAGCCAGUUACACAGGAAGACAUGUCAGCUGAUACAGAUUGGUAUCCUCAAAAGGAGUACAAAGUGUCCAGCUUUGAGCAGCGCCUCAUCAGCGAGAUUGAAUUCCGCCUGGAGCGUUCCCCGGUGGAGGAGUCGGAUGAAGAUGUUCAGCACGAUGAAGACUCUGCCGGCCAGGGGGUGGCGCCUUCCUUCGACAGGAAGCUUAAACACUGCAAAGUGUUUGAGGGCAUGCCAGUCACAUUCUCCUGCAAGGUCCUUGGAGACCCCAAACCAAAGGUAUACUGGUUUAAAGAUGGCAAGCAGAUCUCCAAGCGGAGCGAACACUACAGGAUCAGCCGUGAUCCGGACGGUACCUGUUCUCUGCACACAGCGGCAGCCUCUCUGGAUGAUGACGGAAAUUACACCAUCCUGGCCGCAAACCCAGACGGCAGGGUGAGCUGCACCGGCAGGAUGAUGGUCCAGGCGGUGAAUCAACGAGGCCGCAGCCCACGAAUGGCUCCUGGACACAUGCGCAGGCCCCGGUCCAGAUCUAGAGACAGCGGUGAUGAGAAUGACAACAUCCAAGAGCGCCAUUUCCGCCCACACUUCCUGCAGGCGCCUGGUGACCUCAUCGUCCAGGAGGGCCGCCUUUGCCGGAUGGAUUGCAAGGUGAGCGGCCUGCCCACCCCUGACCUCAUCUGGCAGCUGAACGGACAGACCAUCCGCCCUGACUCUUCCCACAAGAUGCUGGUGAGGGAGAACGGCGUGCACUCUCUGGUCAUAGAGCCCGUGACGAGCCGUGACGCCGGCAUCUACACGUGCAUCGCCAGCAACAGGGCCGGCCAGAACUCCUUUAACCUGGAGCUCAUCGUAGCGGCCAAAGAAAUGCACAAGGCGCCUUCGUUCGUGGAGAAGCUGCAGAACACGAGUGUGGCAGAGGGUCACCCUGUGCGACUGGAGUGCCGUGUCACAGGCGUUCCUCACCCACAGAUCUUCUGGAAGAGGGAGAAUGAGUCCUUCACUCACAACACAGAUAGAAUCAGCAUGCACCAGGACAACUGCGGCUACCUGUGUAUGAUCAUCCAGCCAGCUUUGAAGGAAGAUGCAGGCUGGUACACCGUGUCUGCCAAGAACGACGCCGGCAUCGUCUCCAGCACCGCACGCCUCGACGUUCACACUCAGUGGCAGCAGCCAAACCUCCCGAAGCCCAAGAAGGUCCGUCCCUCAGCCAGCCGCUACGCCGCGCUGACGGAGAGAGGGCUGGACGUGAAGGCGGCCUUCUUUCCCGACUCCAGCCCACUGCCCGCCGGAGGCCUGGUGGAAAGUGACGACCUGUGAAAAAAGGCCGUGGAGAUUUUUGACUCCAAACCAGAAAAACCCCACCCUUAAGGCUGCCCCCCCUCCCGCUAGAUAAAUACAGACAUCCAGGAGCAAAGACUGAACUCUGAGGAGGGAGGGUUCAGCUGUGCAUAAACCCUUUAUAGUAGAGAAACUCAUUAAGGUGACACGGAACGUGAUUGAAGUGCUUUUAAUGAGAAAAGAGUUAAAGUGCCUCUUAAUUCUGUAAAGAUAUAGAAAAACGCAACACAGAUUCACUCUGCAUGCUGUGGUGCUGCCAGCUGAAACACAGACUUUAACUGUUGGUCUUCUGUUGUGGCUGAAGGAAGAAAGUUUUGGUAUAAUGAAGGUUUCCAGGUUCAGAGGGCAGAAUGUAGGUGGAAGAGCAGGUGGGAUGAGAGGGAGCGAUGGAAAACGCGACACACUUGAAAGAGGAUGGAUUCUUUUUGUUGGAGGUGUAUAUGAAAUGUAAAGUCUUCACUCAUGACUGGCUGCUGUGAAAGGUUUCAGAGUAGCUCUCCUAAUGCAGCACGGAUCGUACCAUUUAUUUUUCUAUUUACUUUCCGAACCCAUCCAUAUCUUCCAGUAUAUCUCCAUAAAGCUAAAGCUCUAUAAACAUGCAGUACUGCCUUAAACCACUUUAACACCAUUUCUUUGCAUGUUCUUUCCUGACACCUGUAUAGUGCCAAGCUGCUUUUACCUGGAUGUAUAAAACACAACUUUUUUUCAGUAUUCAGGGGUAGAUAGCACUCAAAAUGAUAAUAAAAAAAAGAAUUUAAAGUAUAUUUAUAUUGAUCAUUUUGUCUGUUUUUAGACAUCUCUGUUGUAUGGGCUCACAUUAAAACUCUGACACAUUUCUAUGCCAAUCAGUGCCUGUAUAUGGAUUGUUCUGCUGAUUUUAUUUUAGCUGGUGAACAAUAAUAAAAUUCCAGAUCUGAAGAGA